AUGAUACCAGGAAAAGUAAAGCGAGUUGCGAAAUCAAUGAGCAAAAAAUUUAAGAAAUAUUUCUUAAUAGUCAAAAAUGUAAAUACCGAUAAUCACACAGUCGAUUCCACCAGCACUAUUACGACUGCAACUAACACCACUAACAACACAACUCUAACAUCCACUCCAGCAUCCACUAUUCCAACCUCCAUUCCAACAUCCGCUUCAACAUCCACUUCAUCACGUCAUCAUCGGAAUGAUCAAACCACUGCUGGCCAGGCUAAACAGCAGCAAUUAUCCGCAUCAAUACUGUGGCCACGACGACAAAGAACGAUUGAAAAGAAACGACGAACAAAUUCACCUGAAUUAGUUCCCGAUAUACUGCAUGAGAUCUUCUUUCACUUAUUUGUUGAUGAAGAAGAUACUCCGGACUUGAUACCAGGAAACGGAACAAACAAGAGCAAUCCAGUAUCAGAUAUAUAUAAUUGUUUAAUGGUCAAAAAAAGUUGGUCUGAAGUUGCACUUCAAUUUUUGUAUAGUAGACCAUUUAUACGAAGAGGAAGGAAGCAAGUUGAAUUGUAUCUCUCAAUGCUCAACUACAAUGAAAUUAGGUAUCUGCAAAGUCAAGGAAUCCAAGGAAUGGAUAAAAUACAAUCAGGUUAUCAAACAAUAACAAAAUAUCCAUAUCCGGCUUACCUUAAAACGCUUGACUACGGAAGAUUAGUAAUGUCAGCUUGGGCUUUCUGUAAUUCAAACUGGAUGACUCGAGUACUUGAUAAUAAAGUCAUUUUGGUGACUCGCGCUUUACUUCGAAUUUUCGCCAGAUCGCAUUCAACACAUUUCACCGUUGUCAACUGUUCACUUGGCAAAUACUCAUUUGCUGAUGCAUAUUAUUCGGUCCUCGCUGAACCGGAAUUUGAUCAAUUUCUUGCAACAGUGAAAAGAUGCAAAAUUGAUUGUAAUUUUGCAGAUGAUGCAACUUUUCUGGAUCAAAUUCCGAGAAGUUUACGAAAUUUGGAUAAAAUUGAUAUGAAAUGUUCAGCAAAUAUGAAUAAACUUGGAAAGAAAUGUUUCAUCACCGACUACAGCAACGUAAUCGUCUCACAAAAGAAUUUAAUUUCACUUCAACUGCAACAAUACGAGUCGUUUCUCGAUCGAAUGCUGGAAUCGCUGAUACUUCAAUCGCAUUCACUUGUCGAACUAAAAUUUGUCGAAUGCGAUUUCAUUAAUUGUCUGCCGUGGUGGGGAAUCGCUGCUUGUCAAAAAUUAACAGAUUUACAGUUCAUUCGGUGCAGGAAUGUUAGUUUCGAAAUAGUAAAACCAGUGCUGUCGGCUACUUUUCCUUCUUUACGUAAUGUUUCUGUUAUUGAGUGUGAUUUCAAUUGUUACCAUUAUGUUUGUCCGGAGUUCAGGCAGUGGGCUAGUAAUUAUG